AUGGCUUCAGACUCAGAAGACAGCCCUAUGCUGGUGCCCACCGCGCAUGAAGCUAUCUAUGACAGAUUCGUGCCACAUCAAAAGAGGUGGAUUCUCUUUCACGUGUCCUUUGUGGGAUUAUUGGCUAUGUUCGUCCAAGUGACGUUCGUGCCUUCCAUCCCUCAGAUAGCUAAAGAUCUCGACGUAACGGAUGCCGUCGUCAGCUUGGCUUUCAGCCUAUCGAUCUUUGCUAAUGCCAUUGGAGAGUUGAUUUGGUCUACUUAUUCGUCUUUCUACGGACGCCGACCGAUAUAUCUAUGGGGAAUGCCGUUUCUAUGCGUUGGGAGCUGUGGUGUCGCCCUGUCCGCUUCAUUUCAGAGUCUGCUAUUCUGGCGAUUCGUGCAGAUGUUUGGAUGCUCUGGGGCGUUGUCGUUGGGGGCUGGCGUCAUUGGUGACAUCUAUAAAUUGGAGGAGAGGGGGACUGCUAUCGGGGCAUUCGUUAGUGUCACAAUAAUCGGGUACGCUGUUGCCCCGUUUGUUGGAGGUGCGGCGACACAGUAUUGGUCCUGGCGCAAUUUACACUAUUCCAUUGCUGCAUGGGGAUUACUCGAGAUGCUUUUCAUAUACCUCUCGUUUCCUGAGACGACCCAUCCCGGCACAUUGGGCGUCGACAAACUGCCAUCCAGAAGAUCGAUCCAUAUCGCAUGGAUUAACCCUCUAAGCAGUCUUUGGUUGCUUCGCAGUCCGAACCUGUUCGCGGUUAUGCUUGUGUCGACUAUAAUAACCAACACUAACUAUGUUAUCCUCGUACCGCUAGCGUAUACUAUUGGCGUCCGGUAUGGAAUCACGAACGAGGCCAUCAUCGGCGCGUUUUUCCUCCCAAACGGACUGGGAAGCUUCACCGGAGCUCUGAUUGCUGGCCGCCUAUCGGACACUAUAGUCCGAAGAUGGCGGGAGAAGCGCAGAGGAGCGUGGUGUCCCGAAGACCGCUUGAGAGCAGCGUGGAUCGGAGGUUUCAUUGUCCCAUUGUCUGUUGGCGCGUCAGGGCUGAUCACGACGUAUAUUGGGGGCCCGAUCGGCCUUGCGCUGAAUAUAUUAUGCCUCUAUGCGAAUGGAGUGGGGGUCGAUUUAGUCUUGAAUCCUAUCAACACUUAUAAUGUGGACGUAAUGCAUUCUCGAAGCGCAGAGGCCACAGCUGCUUGCAUGGCGAGUCGGUCGCUCAUUAUGUCUGCUGCCACUGCUGUUAUCGUUCCAUCGAUCGAGCGUAUGGGUGUUGCGUGGACGGACAUCAUCGCGGCUGUCUUUGCGGUCAUUGGACAAUGGAUCCUUUCCUUGACAAUUCGUUACGGCGAUCGCAUGAGGGCGAGCGUAGAUGUUGGUUUCUCGACCAUGGAGAAUAACUGAUGAAUCCAUCUUCGUUUAUCUGAAGGGAAGUAAUGUAUGAAUAUAUGUAGCAGAAUAUACUCGUCACCAUUGCCAAUAGGCUGGUCUUUUAUAACGGCCCAGAACCAUCUUGAGUGAAGUUGACUAGAGAACAAGUUGGCAACUACUGGACGCUCAAUUACACCUAUAACUUCUUGCUGACGGGUAUAUGUAGCAGCUUGCGGAAAAUCAUGAACUGAAAUCCUACGAUGUUCCAUAUUAAUCACUGGUCAGUGAAUCCGAGAGGUGACGAUCAAUUCCUCUGCUGUGGCUCGAGUCGGGUUGAUACCGUGUUCUGUGCCAAUAGUUGCUGUCUGCUCGUUGGAUACUGUGUGCGUGUACAGAGUUAGCACCGUUUGAAACCGAUAAUAUCAUACCAUCUCAAACACAGACCGAAGGCGCUGGUAGAUAUAAAACAUUUUACACUCUCUGAAGGACUCGUAAC